AUCUUUAGCCAAUCAGCGGCGUCCGUGGUUAAGUGACGGAAGGUGACAUUGUGCUUCGGGCUGACUGAGCCAUGUCGUCCCUGGUGCGGUUAGGAGGUGUCCUGCGGGCCGGCAGCCGGUUAUUGGGGGGAGCCGUGCGGAAGAGGCCCGGGGUUAGAAACGCCGGAGGAGGAGUUCACAUAGAGCCGCGUUACCGGCAGUUCCCAGAGCUCACCAAGAACCAGGUCCUGCAGGCAGAGAUCCUCAGUGGGUUUAUGUGGUUCUGGAUCCUGUGGCACCUGUGGCAUGACUCCGACGCAGUGCUGGGUCACUUUCCCUAUCCUGACCCAUCCGAGUGGACAGAUGAGGAGCUAGGAAUCCCUCCUGAAGGGGAAGAAUGAGCCUUUAGGUACAUGUGCUGGUCUGCUGGUCACUGUGUAUGUGUUUGCAGUGAUACUUAUUGUAAAUAAAUCUAUUAAUACAA